AGGACUUAUUUAUGGCUGAAAGAGUGGUCGAAUCCGACAAUGCACAAACGCAGACACUAACCGUCGAUCAAGUCGACGGGAACGGAAGUGAAACUGGACAAGCACAAUGGUUCUCUACCGGCAAACGAAAGCCGUUCAAUAUUUGAAGCGUCGUCUCUAUUCGACAAACUCUCCUUUGGACCACAUCAAAGUGUUGGAUUUGUCGAGAAUUGUAGCUGGGCCGUUUUGCACGAUGCUGCUCGGUGAUUUGGGCGCCGAGGUUUUCAAAGUCGAAGUGCCUGGUGUCGGAGAUGAAACGAGGCUUUGGCCGCCACACGUCAAUUACAAUAAAGAUGAAAUGACGUGCUAUUUCGGUGCCUUGAACAGGAACAAAAAAAGCAUCUGCGUUAAUUUUAAAUCGAAGAAAGGCGUUGAGAUUAUACACAAGCUCGCAGAAAAAUGUGAUGUUCUCGUUGAAAACUUUGUCCCUGGGAAAUUAGAUUCAAUCGGACUCGGUUAUGAAGCGAUAAAUAAGACCGCUCCUCACAUUGUUUACUGUUCGAUAACUGGAUUCGGCCCAAGAGGGCCUUAUAAAGAAAGAAUGGGUUAUGACAUAGUAGCAGCAUCGGUUGGAGGGUUGUUCCACAUUACAGGGCCGAAAGGUGGUGAUCCUUGUAAAACUGGCGUCGCUAUUACAGACUUAUCGACAGGGCUUUAUGCCCAUGGUGCCAUCCUAGCAGCACUUUUACAACGUGCGAAAACAGGAAAGGGACAAAAAGUCGAUUGCAACCUUCUAUCAACGCAAGUCGCUUGCCUGAUCAAUAUCGGUAGCAAUUAUUUAAACGCAGGAAAAGAAGCGGUCAGAUGGGGGACAGAGCAUGAGAGCAUAGUUGUAUUUCAGAGCUUUAAGACUUGUGACGGAUAUAUCACUAUAACCACCGGUAACGAUUCACAGUUUAAAACCUUAUGCGAGAGAUUCAGUAUUGAUCUGCAUAAAGAUGAAAAAUUUAAAACGAAUGCCCAGCGUGUAAAGAAUCGAGAUGAAUUGUCAGCCAUCCUAGAUCCAAUUUUCUUAAAACAUACCAAUGAGGAAGUUCUUAAAUUACUCGACGGUGCGCCGUUGCCGUUUGGACCGGUGAACACAAUGAAACAAGUGUUCGAAGAUCCUCAUAUAAAGGAGAUUGGCUUGGUCACCGAAAAAGUACUGGCCAACGGGACAAAAUUCCGCAUGGUUGGGCCUCCCGUCGAAUUCAGCGACUCUUGCCUAUCGGUCCGUUAUCCACCUCCUGACAAAGGGCAACACACAAGAGAAAUAUUAACUGAAGAGCUAAAAAUGUCCAAUUCGUACAUCGAUAAUCUUUAUAAUGAAAAUGUCAUACAAUAAUUUAUUCUUACAAGGAAUAAAAAUUAUUAUUAUUAAUCUGUUGUAU